CGUUUUGUUAAGUUCAUACUUACUGGAAAAGAUUCUGCCAAGCAUCAUGUUCGUAAAAAGCACAAAGAAUUCUACUCUGCGUUUACCAGUUAAUGUAGUAUUUUAUAUAGUAUUAUCGUUUUCGUAAAUUUAAUAUUGAAAACAUUCGUCAGUCAUUAGCUACGUUUCUUGGAAAAUCACGAAUAUGGCAUUUGAUACAUUUGCUUUAUCGGAUUCUUCGGUGUGUUCGUACUUGGACUUCGUGUACGAUGACACCGACACACAUUUUAAUGAAAUUGCUGAAUUGUACAGUUACACGGAACAAUAUGAAUUACAACUUAAUGUUAAAGCUUUUGAGGAUCAGAUGCAAUCGUAUAAUCUUCGACCAGUUUGGCAAAAUUUAACGAUUCAUCAGCAUAAGUCAAUAAUUUAUAAGCUGUUAGAUCAAUUGGAAGUAUCGAAUAAAGAAUUGAGAAUGAAGGCUGCGAGGUGUAUUUUAUAUUUAGCGCAAGGUUGCUGGGCUGAAGUUCAAUCGGACAAGGAGCAACAAGAAUGGGAGAGAACAAAUGUAAUGUUGCUGUACGAAUGUGGAAUAUUUUCAGCAUUCAUUGAACUGUUAAAUAUUGAAAUUGAAAAUAAUACAGCUGCGAGCGCGGAUAUGAAAAAAACCGAUGUAAGUCUCGCAGAUUCUACAGAUCUUCGUGUUAUAUUGUCUGUUUUGUAUAUUAUUACCGAAGUAAUGAGAGAGGAAUUUAAACAUUUAGACGAUAGUAUUUAUAAACAUAAUGUCGAAGCUUUCAAGGAUGAAUUAAUAAAUCCUUGUGAAGAUGAGUUGCUGAUCGUAAAGCUUUUGGGAAUGGUGACAUGUUUUUGUAGCGGAUCUGCCCCAUAUUUUCCAAUGAAAAAAGUAUUGCUUUUGUUGUGGAAAUUGAUUUUGGUGUCUUUGGGAGGUAUGGAAACUCUACGAGAACUGAAAAAAAUUUAUCGCGAACAAGCUGGUCUUGAUAAUCUUCAAGAGGAUACAAUAGAAGUUGCUAAAAUAAUGAGACCAAGUUCUCCUCCGACGAGUGCUACUGAUUACAUAGAUACGCAUAAUUCAAAGAAAGGCAGCAGACCUUUUAGACGGAGUUUAUUGAAGCAAAGUUCUUUAGAUGAACCUAAUUUAGAGUACGAAUCAGGGAGAGCCAUGUUGAUAAAAAACGAAGGUGGAAUCGAUACAUCGGAGGGCGAUGUUGACGAAGGAGCUUUUGAUAAUCAGUCGUUACUCGGAGAUUUUCGAAAUUAUUAUGAUAAUCCAAAUAUUAUUGUCGAACAAGAUACAUCUGCAAAAAUGAAAGGUUUACCAUGGGCACCAAAAGUUAGACAAAAAGAUGUUGACAUGUUUUUAGACGUCUCGAGACUUAAAUUUGUCGGUUACAAAUUACAAGGAGAUCGCGAUAGUGUGGCUGGAUUACCUCAACCAAUUCACGAAGGAUUAAAUAUAUUAAAGCGAUAUAUGUACACUUCACUGUCAGAAGUACAAAUACAAAAGGAGGAAGAGAUCGCAAAAAAUCCAAUGAGCACACAAGAACCUCCUAUUCGACAAACUGCAACAGAAAUUUUAUAUCAAGCGAUGCUAUCUAAUUUACCACAACAUGUAAUAGCAUUGCUUAAAAUAUUAUUGGUCGCUGCACCUACAAGCAGAGUCAAAGCUGACAGUAUUAAUAUAUUAUCCGAUGUUAUGCCAGAAGAAUUUUCGGAAGACUCGGUACAAUCAGCGAAACUUGGAGUUGACGUAGAUCGACAUAAAGAAAUCAUCGUUAAAGCAGUUUCUGCCAUUUUGCUUCUUUUAUUGAAGCAUUUCAAAUUAAAUCACGUUUAUCAAUUUGAGUUCAUAUCUCAACACCUAGUCUUUGCUAAUUGCAUACCAUUAAUUCUAAAAUUUCUCAAUCAGAAUAUUUUAUCGUAUAUUGAAACUAAACAUAGUAUACCGUUUUUUGAUUUUCCAAUCUGUGUCAUUGGAGAACAGCCUGGAUUUACAAUGGAUCAUCUCCCAAUUGGGGAAAAUCAAAAUUAUUCCUGGCGAAAUAUUUUCUCUUGUAUUAAUUUACUGCGAAUACUCAAUAAAUUGACUAAAUGGAAGCAUAGUAGAAUAAUGAUGUUAGUAGUCUUUAAAUCAGCUCCCAUUUUAAAACGAACAUUAAAAGUCAUGCAUGGCAUUUUACAACUAUAUGUUUUGAAGUUACUGAAAAUGCAAACCAAGUAUUUGGGUAGACAAUGGCGUAAGGCGAAUAUGAAAACCAUAAGUCUUAUUUAUGCUAAAGUUAGACAUCGUUUGAAUGACGAUUGGGCUUUUGGAAACGACUUGGAUGCCAGGCCAUGGAAUUUUCAAGUCGAAGAGUGCACUCUACGCGAGGGCGUCGAUCGAUUCAACAAUCGUAGAUACUCAAACGCUGUGAAGGAUGAGGAGUUAGAACCUGUGGAUACAUCAAUAACCUCCGUACUUGGAGCGAACGUUGAGCUCACCGACGAAUUUAAACAACAUUAUGAGCUUUGGUUGCAGCAGGAGGUCUUACAGACAAGCAUUAAUUGGGACGAGCUGCUUGCUCCCACCAAGUGUAUAUUUUAAACUUAUUCAGAUUCAUAUAUUUAAAUAGAAUAUUACACUCAACUUUUGAUAACAAAAAUGUAAUACUGACUUUUGUUACUGGCAAUAUUGCCGUUAUAACAUUUUUUUAUAACGCUAAGCUUUUACAAAACAAAAUCCUUGGUAUACUUAAAUCGAUGAAAAAGGUGUAAUCAUAAAUGAAAUAUUGGUUUUAUUAAUAUAUUAUUUAAAACUUUCUA